GGUGAAGAUAAUAGUGUUGCCCUUGGUAUGAUAUUUUAUGUUCUUUCUUAGAUAGCUUAUAUCACCUGUGUAGUGAACGGUAGGUAGUGAUGCAAUGGCAAAGGUGAUAGGAUGGCAAUUAUGUAGAUUCCUCCCAACUAGUCAUGAUUGGAACAUUUACUCUGAUAUUUCCAUUUAUAUAUAAAAGAGCCUGAAACGUUUGGAGCAUCUGUCUUUUUCUGCCUUCUGCAGUCCGAAUUUGGGGUUUGGUUCUUCUUUGUUGCUUCAAUUUUUGAAGCCGUAACAAGAGAACCAGACCAUGAAUCAGCUCUUGUAGAGUUACAGGGGAGUCUAGGAAGUCUUCUUUGGUUUUCUGAUGCGGGUUACUGUUUGUAGGGAGUAUGGCAUGGAAAUAAAGUUGGAGUUCACUGGUUAUUUCUAUUGUUUGUGUAUUUUAGGAUCUGUAAAUGGGUUAUGAAUGAAUUUCAGAGGGGGCAAAUAUUGGGUUCAGGUUGGAUUUUGGUCCCCAAAUCCAGAUCUCUCCGUGGGGGUUUUCUGGUUUGUGGGUUUGGUCAAGAGGACCAAUGCUGGGUAGCUUGAUAGAAACUUGCAGCUUAAAACAGAAGCACCAUUCCUCUCAUAGUUAAAAAAGGCUAGCUUUCAGGGGGGAAUUAAGUUACUAGAGAUUUUCGAUAAGAUCAUGACAACAAUGUCUUUCCAUACAGUACUGAAUUUCCCUGCAUUUCUUAAUAGGACUUGGUGCAGUGGAAGAUCAAAUCCUUCCGCAGCCGUCCAACUAUCUUCAGUAUUCAUACAAACUGAUGAGAGUGGGAAUACACCAGAAUCUAAGAAGAUUUUGGGUCCAGUGGCAGCUGUGGCAAGAUGUCAGGCCCCUAAUUCCCUGCUUACCCAAGCAAAUACUGUUGGUAUUCUUGGAGGGGUUUCUGUUUUUUCUACUCUAAUUUUCUUGGAAAAGCUGGUCUGGUGGAGUUCAAGGCACGGAGAAGAAAGCCUUCCUUUUGUUGUCUGCAGUGAUCCAACAUUAAACAGGGAGCUUGCAUCCCCCAGUUUAUCUCCUUUCUUCAGAGGAAAAAAUGCUCAAUUCCAAUUAGACCAUGGUCCAAUCGUUGAGAAUUUGAGGUGUAAAAGGGCAUUUCUGGAGCAGUCUGGAGCUCGUUGCAUAGUUAUGCCAUGCCACCUUGCUCAUGCUUGGCACAGUGAGGUAUCAAAGGGAUGCCCUUUACCUUUCCUUCAUGUGGGGGAGUGUGUUGCCAGCGAGCUUAAGAAAGCAAAGUUGAAGCCGCUUGAAGCUGGGAGCAAUGUGCGGAUUGGGGUGCUUGCCCCUGGUGAAACCUUAACGGCUGGUUUCUACCAGGAGAAGCUACAGAGUCAGGGCUUUGAGGUAGUUUUGCCAGACAUGGCAACCAUGGAGCACAUUGUGGUUCCUGCUAUUGAAGCAUUGCACAGAAAGGACAUGGAAGGAGCAAGGAACCUAUUGAGAAUCGCAGUGCAUAUUUUUCUGAUGAGGGCUGUGAACAUUGUCAUCCUUGCUUCUGAUGAAAUGCAGGAUCUUUUGCCUCGUGAUGAUCCUCUUUCUAAGAAUUGCAUCAACCCCAUGGAUGCUUUGGCCCGCUCAACUAUAGGGUGGGCAAAAUCUAUUGAAGAGGUACAUAGAAAAGCUUAAACUACAACCCAUGUUGUCUAGACAACUAAUAGUGGUAAGUAGUUUGUACAAAAAAUAUUGCCAUUGUGGUAGAGGAUUUGUGAUAAUUUUGUAACGAAACUAUUGGGUUUUUUUA